AUGCACAGACCAUCUGAGACGGGUUGGAUGAAAACCCACGACCUGCAUAUGGCUCAUGCCCUCCUACUUGAAGCUGUGUACAGGCUACAGAGGGACUGUACGUUCAGGGCCUCGUACGGGCCUGUGGUGCGCGGGACGACAUCUUCGAGUUACAAUGACCUGGUUGCAAAAGAGAGAGGUGCAAGAACUCAAGAGUCGAGACCUCUCAAGAAGAAAAAGGGAUGUGAGCGUCAAUCAUGCAACGCACUGUCAACUUUAUACAAGUAG